GAAGCGGCCCAAGACUGCAAGUCCAGCAGUGAUCUUGGGUUCCUCCAGCAAGUGGCGAAGGGCCAUCUUUGCGCAACACUUUCCUGAAUGCGGCUCAGAGUAUAUGAGCCCUGACAUCGAUGAGAAGGCAAUUCGGGCUGAGAAGCCGGAGGAGAUGUGCAUGGCAAUCGCCCGGGCAAAGGCAGAUGCCCUUGCCCCAAAGAUCCAGGGCAGGGAUGUAUUGUUGGUGUGUAUGGAUCAGGCGUGGUCUUUGCACCAUCUAAGCAGCAGCGAUGUGUGUUGUGAAAUGUCGGUCUUAUGUCAGGUGGUCAGCUGUGAUGGCCAGAUACGGGAGAAACCCGAGACCGAAGCAGAGGCACGGCAGUUCCUGCAGUCCUACAGGGACGGCAAGCCUGCUAGCUUCGUCAAUGGAAUGGUGGUCUUGAAUGCAGGAACUGCCAGGCUUGCUUCUUCGCUCAACUCUUCAAGAGCAUUCUUUCUGCCCUUUCCGGAUGAGGUAGUUGAUGCCUUGAUCAAAAAAGGUGAUCUAUUCACCUGUGCCGGCGGAGUUGUGGUCGAAGACGAGCUGCUUCAACCCUACCUGGAUCGUGUCGAGGGAACCCUCGACUCCGUCCAGGGUCUGCCCCUGGAGCCGCUACGUAUGCUGCUGAGCCGUGCGAAAGCUCCGGCUGUGACGCAUGUCAUUUUUGACAUGGACGGACUUCUUCUGGACACAGAAAGCUCCUACAGUGUUGCGCAGCAAGAGAUCCUAGACAAGUGGAACAGGAAGUUUACGUGGGAGCUCAAGGCCAAAAUGAUGGGCAAGAAGGCACUGGAUGCGUGUCAGAUUUGCAUUGACGCCUUGGAGCUGGGAGAUGCCAUCUCUGCUGAAGAUUUUCUUGCAGAGAGAGAGAGGAGGUUGGAGGUGCUCUUCGCAAAAGCUGCUCUGCUACCGGGCGUCGAGCGGCUGGUGCGUCACCUGCACAGGAACGGCGUGCCGAUGGCGGUGGCAACAUCCUCUCACCGUCGCCACUUUGACCUGAAGACAACUCUGCAUCGAGACCUUUUCGAUCUGAUGCAUCAUGUUGUGACUGGAGACCAGGUCAGCAAGUCCAAGCCCGAUCCAGAGAUUUUUUGCCAUGCUUCAAGCAUUUUCGAUGGAGCACCAGUGGCAGACAACAUUCUAGUCUUUGAGGAUGCUCCCAGCGGCGUAGAAGCUGGCCUUGCUGCAGGAAUGCAGGCGUUUGCCAUGUUCCGGAUAGCAAUCUUUCUCGCGACCUAUGUGGAAGACCAUGAGUCUUGGCAUGUCUUGGCGUUUGCAUCAGAGGACUUUCGUCCAGAAGAGUGGGGCGAAGACUGGAGCCGGCAGGUCAUGCUUUCCAUGCCGUCCACGAGUGAAAAUCUCUAUGAGCUGCUGGAAGUCAGUGAGACAGCGUCAGUGGAGCAAAUCAAGAAGCAGUACCGCAAGCUGGCCUUGCAGUACCAUCCCGACAAGCAAGGAGACACCGGAGGCAAAACUAAUGGCCUGAGCGAGAAGGAACAUGACUUCAUCAAGGUGCAGGAGGCUUACGAGAUCCUGGCUGACCAAGCGAAGCGACGUCAGUAUGACUCAACGCUAGACUUCGAUGAUGCAGUUCCAGAUGAGGUGGCAGAGUGUGGCUUUUAUGAGACGUUCGGGCCGGUCUUCAAACUGAACGCACGAUGGAGCACAAGGUUCCCUGUUCCAGAACUUGGUGAUGAACAAACCGACAUGGCCAAGGUCCGCAAGUUCUAUGACUUCUGGCUAUCAUUCGAUUCCUGGAGAGAUUUCUCCAUGCAUGAUGAGUACAACCUAGAUGAUGCGGAGUUCCGCGAGGAACGCCGCUGGAUGGAAAGACAAAAUCAGCGAGUGCGGAAGAAGUAUGUCGAGGCUGAACGCAAAAGGAUAAUGCGGCUUGUGGAAACUGCAGAAAGAUUUGAUCCGCGAAUACGUGCUGAAAAGGAGGCGCGCGAGAAGAAGAAGCGGGAUGAGAAGGAGAAGCGGGCUCGAGCAAAGCAGGAGGAGCAAGAAGCAAAGCAAAGAGAAGAAGAGGAAAGAAGGAAGAAAGCUGAACAAGAGGAAGCUGAACAGGCAGAGAGAGAGCGAAUAUUGCGCGAGCAGCGCAAGCAGGACAAGCAGGCAGCAAAGACUUUGCGGCAGCGGUUCAAAAGGAUCGUGCAAGCGAAGUGUUCCCUACAGCAACUGGAGAUUGAGGAGCUUCAGGACUUCUGUCUCCUUCUGGAUGCAGAGAAGCUCGAAGAUCUUUGUUCAAAGCUUGAGGCCAUAACGGUCACGGAAGAAGCGGAGGCAUUUGUGCGCUCAGAGCUGAAUGAGGCCAGGAAACGCAAUUGUUCGGCAUCGCGUUGCAUCAUCCCUCCUCACAGCGUGACAAUUCCGAACAAGACUCGCACUUAUCUUGCGUUCAGCCAGAUAAAUUGUCGUCUGUGCAGUUUGCAUUGGCAUUCUGUCAUUUGCAUGCCUCCGCUUAAGCAGUUUCGCCGACUUUACUCAGCACUUUCAAGGAGCCGGAGCCACUCCAGGAUUUGGAGAGGGUGUUCAAAUGUGUUUUGUACGCUGAUGAUGCUGGCUUGUGCAGGGUUUCGGGAAGGUCAAUUCCUCGCCGGCAACAUGGGUCUAGAUGCAAUCGCCUCGCAUGCCUGGCUGUAA